ACCGUCGUCCUAGGGACAACAUCACAUUACCGGUGGUAGUAGUAGUUUGUCACGGAGGUGGUUACGAUCUGUCGCCAUCGAUGUUGAUUGUUAGACAGUGCUCUAGCUUGAGAGCGUGUGAAUGGAAUAGUUUGAAGUGGGAAUAGACAGCAGAUAGUGCGCUCGAAACGAGAUUAUUAGUCACCGGCAUUGUUCGUUCGUUACUAGUGAGUCUGAGUGUUAUCUCAAAGAAAGUGUCUCUGCAUUGAAAGUGAUAAAAUGAUGGCGAUUACGCUGUUGGCAUUACUGAUGGCGCUGCUCGUCGGUGAUCGCAUGAUAAGCUAUGCCCAAGAAGAAGUAACGGUACUGGAUUCUCCGCCACUACUGGAACUAUAUCGGGGAUUACAUCAAUUGCUAUUCAAUUUCGUUGAACCUAACAGUGAAGACACUACCCGUCUUGCACGUGCCCGAACGUUAGGGAAGAUACAAACCCCGAUCCCGAAAAAGCAAGAAUUCCCAUGCUUCAGAGAUGGUAUGCGUAGCACACAGGUCCCAACGUCGGUACACGAGCUACGUCCUGGCGAUAUCGACGUGAUAGCUGCCAUCGGCGACUCCCUCACAGCGGGAACAGGUGUACUAGCGACCGGAAUAUUGGACCUGAUAAUUGAAAAUCGUGGCCUCUCGUGGAGCAUAGGUGGCCAGGGUACGUGGCGUGAAUAUCUGACUAUUCCCAACAUACUCAAGGAGUUCAAUCCAAAGCUGAGUGGAUAUGCUUCAGCUGAUAGCCUGUCGAACAAUAAGACAUCGAGAUUCGAUGUGGCCGAGAUAGGUGGCAUGAGUGCGGAUUUGCCCCACCAGGCCCGGAACCUCAUCAAACGGAUGCUAACCGAUCACACGGUCGACAUUAAGAACCACUGGAAGCUAGUGACGAUUUUCAUCGGUCAUAACGAUUUCUGUAGUCGACUAUGCUACCUGCCCAACCCGGAGAAGGCUCUACACUAUCACGAACAGAAUCUAAUCGAAACACUUCGAUUGCUAAAGAAGUAUCUGCCCAGGACCAUGGUCAACAUUGUGUCUCCAAUUAAUGUCAACGUUUUAAGGACCUUUCGGCCCCUACCACCUGAAUGUGUAUCAACUCAGCUGUUUGAGUGUUCCUGUAUUUUUGGCACACGGUUUCAAGUACUCCAGCCUCGCCUAAACCGCAUUAUAGAUGAUUGGAACCGGGUUCAAAUGCGUGUAGCGGAGCGGCCAGAGUUUCAAAAUGCAACAGACUUCACCGUAAACUAUCAACCAUUUGCCGAGCAGCUCGUGUUACCAACGCUUCCAGACGGUAGCACUGAUGCGGGUCUCGCAUCAGUCGAUUGUUUCCAUCUUAGUCAACGAGGCCACGCAAUCAUGGCAAAUAGCUAUUGGAACAACAUGAUCGAGGUGGUGGGCAACAAGAGCGGUACGCUGCAACGAGAGUUUCAAAGGUUUAACUGUCCGACAACGGCUCGACCGUAUUUAGCAACGCACGUCAACAGUUUACGCGGUCGCUAAAAGCUAUUGACAUUCUUCAUAGGAGUAUCAGUUUAUCGGUUAUUAGGAAUUAAUUUUAAAAUAUUAUAAUUAUCAAUUUACAUGAGAUGGUUAUUUCGAAACUAUGCAAACACCUCUUUGGUGGGAAUUACAGAUAACUGGGUCUAUUUAAAUGUUGAUAGUAUAAUGGCCAAAUCGACAAAAACGUUGAUUCGAAAUCUGUAUUUUGGAUAUGUGUCAAACGUUAUCAAGCUUUCUGGAGUGGAACCCCUUUGAACAUAAAACGAUCGUAGAAACCAACUUUCAUCAGCGGUUUAUAGUCCAACCUGUUUACGGUUCACCUACGGCAUUACGGUUACACCAACUUUUUUCUGUUUUACCUUACAUUUCCGGAUA